CUCACACAAAUAAUUUUCGUACUUAAAUAUGAACUUAAAUAAUGUUUAUACUCAUUUAAACAUGGAUCUCUUGUUUGCAGUACACUUAUCUACACAGUUCUUAAAAGUAUUCUUGUACCCUAGAGUCACCAUCCGGCUAAGUUUGUUUGUAACCUUGGCAAUUGCAACAGGGUCUAGAGAAGUCAAUGAACUGAGAUGUCACGUGCUUAGGAAUGGCGAAGAGUGUCCUAUGAACUAUGAACGGUCAAAGAAAAUGUGCUGCACCAACUUGAAAGAUCACACAGAUCAAGUUUGGAAUAAUUUCGGAAUCAAGCAACAAGUAAACAUCUGCAAAGCUGGAGUCGACAUCGCCAUCCUCAGUAACCACAACAAACAUUCAAUUUUUCAUGUUGCUUCGAACAACACAGGAGAGAGUGAGUAGAAAAUCAAAACUACCAUCAAUAAUACUCUAUGAACUUUCUAUGAUAUGUGAUGGGAAUGCACGAAGGGGAAGCCA